AUGUUGCCAGGGACGUGUGAUAAAUCGAACGAUAUGAAAGUAAACUCUGCGAGUGGAGGAUGGUCGGCUAUAAAAUUACUCGAAAAAUUGAAAUUCUGCAACAGCGGUAUUAUAAAAAUCGGGACUCUAGAACAUGAGCGUUCGUCAACCAAGAAACAGGAACUCUGUGAAACCAGCAGCAAUUCGAUACCUUCGGGGUUUCUGUUUCUGGUCGUGUUGAUCGCCCUGAGUGGAAUAUUCACGAUCAUCAUGUGGUUCACAGAGUUUUACAUGUUCCAAAUCUUACAGUUCGUGACUAUAACGCAGGGCAGUGCUUCAUACAACAUGUGGCAAAACCCGCCCGUCAAGCCCUACGUGUCGAUUUAUCCGUUCAAUUAUACCAAUAUCAACCGGGUGUUGAAAUACGGCGAUACGCCCAUAGUCCAAGAGCUAGGGCCGUUUGUUUACAGGGAGACGGUCGAACGGCUUAACGUGGAGUUCCAUGCCAACGGUACGGUCACAUACCAGGAGCGUCGAAGUAAUGAGUUCGUGCCGGAGAUGUCGCAAGGCGACCCAGAACGAUUGACCAUAACCGUACCGAACUUGCCACUAAUCAGCGCCAUAUCGAAGACCGCCGACACGUUUUUCCUUACUCAAAAGUUCAUGUCGUUGUUAUUGAACGGGUUAAUGGUGAAACCAUUCCUGGACCUAAAAAUUAACGACUACUUUUGGGGGUACGAGGACAGCAUAUACACUUUCGCUCAAAGUCUGGCGUCAACUGUGCACAGGGACGCCCACCUGUCAAAGUUUGGUAUAGUUACCGGGCGGCGUGGCGUCUCUUCCGACCGGAUCACGAUCCACAGUGGAGUCGGCAACCUGAACGAGCUCGGCAUCAUUACCCGCUACAACGGGCUGGACGCACUGGACGUGUGGAAGACAGAUGAGUGCAACCGGUUGGAUGGCAGUGACGGGUCCCAGUUUCCACCGACCACAUUGAGCCGCAAGUCGAAACUGUUCGUGUUCCACAUGGACUUGUGUCGUCGGUUUCCGCUGGUCUAUAAGGAAGACAUCGAAACGGUACCCGGGGUGACCGCAUUCCGUUUCCAGGCGCCCAGAAAUGUGUUUGACACACCCACCACAAACCCGGAUAACGAGUGUUAUUACACCUCAGAAAAUUUUCCUCCAUCGGGAGUGUUCAAUUCAUCGCCCUGCAAUGGCGCCCCGGUAAUGAUGUCGUUCCCGCAUUUCUAUUUGGGCGACCCAGAGUUGAGAAGAGACAUUCUCGGAUUGUCACCAGAUCCUGAGCUGCACGAGACCUUUGUUGAUGUUCAUUCAAAGUUGGGAGUGUCCCUGGGAGGCCGGUCGAGGUUUCAAGUCAAUAUCAUGUUAAAGAAAGUCGAUGGGAUAUCGCAUUUCAAAAAAUUCAAACAGGGAAUAAUACUGCCAGUAGCAUGGAUAGAAGUGAAAGUUGACAAACUUCCUGACGACAUAAAGAGAAGUCUUCAACAGACUUCUAUUAGUAUAAACCUCGGUGAGAUAUUGUUGAAGUGGACAUCGUUAUUAACACUUACAUUGUCCAUGGUUUUUUUAGUCAGAAAAAUUAUACUUAAAGAUUGUUUUAUGUCUAAUGAGAAACAAAUUUUACCUAUGAAUAAAUAA